AUGGCUACCAGCGGCCGCCGCCACAACGUCAAUAAGUAUAGUUUUGAAGAAAAAGUUGAAAAACGACCAUACACCAAGGAAGAGCUGAACAAUGUUUUUUGGCAGCAUGACAAGAACAGAGACUGCCGCCUCAGCAGGAAAGAGCUCCGGGGAGCCUUCAAAGAGCUUGGUGCAAUCUUCCCCCUGUUUAGGGCAUAUAGAGCUCUCCGCCAUGCCGAUGAUAAUGGAGAUGGAUAUAUAAGUGAAGAUGAAAUGGAAAAACUCGUGAAUUACGCUGACCGACUCAGUUAUCGGUAUUUCCCUGUUUACACCAAGGAAGAGCUGAAAGUCAUAUUCAAUAGAUUUAAGGCAGACGGCCGCCUCACGCUCAGCAAGAAACAACUCGAGGCCGCCUUCAAUGACCUUGGUUCUUCAGUCCCUUCCUCUAGAGCAGAUAGAGCACUCAACUAUGCAGAUCAGAAUAAAGAUGUACAUAUUACUACUGAAGAAGAAAUGGAUAAGCUCCUCGACUACAUAAUCAAAUUACGAUACAAAAAUACUAUCCGUCAAAAACAACAGCUACAUUUUCUGUGA